AUGUCAGUAAAAUGGGAUGUCGAGAAAGCAAAUAGGCUGUCGGAGAAAUGGAUUCGGGGAAGUGGUCUUUCAAGGAAAGGGGUCGUCGGUGCUGUAGGUUAUCAGGGAAAAAUGGAAGUUCAUCUUGCAAAUAUUUGUCUUGAUGUUCUUAAAGAUAUAAAAGAAUAUUGGCAAGAGUUACUUUCAAAUAAAAUUAUUAAUUACAAGCGAACAAAAAGCCCAAAUCAAAAACAAUAUGAUCUAGCAAAAACUAUUUUAAGAGCUUUCUUUAUAUUUAAUUGA